GGCUAAAACCCAACACUUCUGAGCUUCUGGUUCAGGACAGCAAUGGCGACCAAAACCCUAAUCAGAAAUGGAGCUUCAUUGAUAACCCGAUUUAUGUCGAAUCCAAAUGUAUGCCAACGCAAGAAUUCAAGUCUCGGGAUAGUUUCUCAGGGUAUCGGAGUUACUCCUCAGCUAUUUCCUUGUCUUUCGAACCUCCGUGACUCUAUCCAAUUGGCCCACAGUGAGAUCGAUUUGCUCCAGAAAGUUGGCAAUGAAGGGUUUUUGUAUCCCUGCGGCCUACCUUCUCUUCGCUUCUUCUUGCCUGACGGAGAUUCGUCAAGUGAGCCAAUGAUCUUAUUUCCCAAAAGGACAUACCAACCUAGCCAUGUAAGGCGUAAGAGAACACAUGGAUUCUUUGCACGCAAGGCAACUAAGGGUGGUCGGAGAGUCAUUGCUCGAAGGAUAGCUAAAGGCCGGUCAAGAAUUACAGCUUAGGUUCACUAUCUCAUGAUUGAACCAAUUUCGUAAGCUGCCGCCUUAGCAAGACGACUAAGCAAGCUGAAGAUAGUCUGGUUUCUUUUUCGUUUUUUAUUUUUGAUGGUUGGUUUGCCACCAAUGCCUUGUAGGAAAUUUAAAUGCUGUGUGAUCGCCAGAUAUUUUCUUUAGUCAAUUAACUCUACUUAGCUGAAAGAGUUCUUAUGCCACUCAGAAUAUAGUGCCAAUAUUUGGUGCUCCAUGGUUUUUGGUUCCAUGUCCAUUCUAAUUACUUGAUGCCCUAAUAACUAGUGUGAAAUAAUAUGUGAUAGAUGCGAUGGUGAUUUA